AUGAAACCCCCUACAGUGAUCAUUGGACCAACGGGGAGUUUUGAGGUGGACUUGGAGAACAGGUACCCGAUCGAAACGCUGAAGUUCCAGUGGCACCCGACUCUCGCGCCCUUGGUCGUGCAGGACAUACCCCAGGAUACCUUCAAGUACACUGUCGCUCUAGCCAACAUAACUGAGGUAGACUACGAAGGAGAACUGUAUCCUGCCUUAGCGUUCGAUUUCAUAUUGGAUCGACAAAUAUCCUACUAUGUUGUCCAGACGCUCCUGCCGCAGCUGUUCUCCUUGUUCUUCUCUGCUCUCCUGCAGAUGAUGUUCGUCGUUAUCUCGUGGUGUUCGUUCUUCGUUCCCCCCGAGGUCGUUCCUGGACGCAUGACCCUGUGCAUCACCACCGUCCUCACCAUCUGCACCAUGUACUCCGCCACCAGGAACGACGCUCCCGCCACCAGCUACUUCAAGGCGAUCGACCUUUUCGGCGUCAUCAACAUCUCCUUCGUGUUCGCCGUCCUCUUGCACUACACCAACAUCCUCAGGUACCUCUCGAAGGACAAGCUGGCAGCGGCCGUGGAAUCCCAGGCUCGCUCUUCGGUCAGACAAGUGUUUCCCAAGGACUCCGCCGGACCGCCACUCGAAACGGAGGCGAGAGCGCCCGCCCAGAGCUUCGCGACGCGCUCCGCCAAGUACGACGCCAUCGCCAAGGUCCUCUUCCCGCUCUCCUACCUGCUGUUCGUGGCCGUGUUCUUCCUCUACUACGCCCUCUGA